GAGGACAACUGUGUCUGAGGAGGAGGAGGAGGAGGAGGAGGAGGAGGAGGAGGAGGAUGAGUAAGAAGAGGAAGGCAGGUCAGGACCAGUUGAGCAGGAAAGAUGAGCCUGGAGGCUUCUGACUCCUUGAUUGAAUAAGUAAACACUCAUCCACCAUGAGAUACUUUAUAUGAGGAAAUUAUUCUGGUGGGGGGCGUGGGUAAAAAUAAAUUCAGUGUGAUGACUAAAGAUAUGACAGAGUGCACAUAUUUUAGAAAUUAUGCCAAAUAUUCAUAAAAAGGAUGUCCACUUGAUUCUUCAUAAAAGGAAAAAAUACAGAUAACAGUGCUGAUACAAUUGGAUAUUAUCUUGUACCGUACAAUAGUUAUGUGAUUGUACAUUAUUUGCUCUGGAAUAUACAUUGUGUGUAAUUCAGAAUGUUAUCAAGACUUUUUAAAACAAGUUUAAUGUCCUCUGGAUGUAUCCUAAUGGGGUAUAUGAUCUGCUCCCUUGUCAACAGUUGCUUCUUUACAGGUCCAGCUGACAUGCUGUAAGAUUAGCAUAGUUUUAGCUCUGUUUUUGGUCUCCACCACCAACUUCUGAGGGUGAUAUCUGGCUAUCUGCUCCAAAUAUUUUCACCAGUUUGUUGCUAACUUUUUCCAUGUGCUCUUUGGCUAAUGUAGCAGGUAUUGAACUGACAUCUAAUAAUAUAAAUCUGAGAGUGGUGAGAGUAAAUUGAAACAUCUGUGGGGCAAGAAACUAAAACAAUGAAGUGAAAAAUGCUGCGUAGAGCUGAGUUCCUGAUUUUCUUUUUGCUCAAGAAGACACAUAUCUCCUUAAGAUGUACGAUUAAACAUUUAAGUUUACAAGAGGGAGCAUGAUGUUUUGGUAAAGCAUUUGUGUUUGCCCUCCCCCUGGGGGGGUCAGACGUCAGGUUCAGCCACAGAGCAGACCCCCUGGAGCUAAAAGGAACUUAGAGCAGACAAACAAAUAGGGUUUGAACCUGGUUCCUCAAGUUGAAGUUCAGUUUGUCUGGCUAUCAGAGGCACCUCAAGUUAACAGUGCAGUGGAAUGAGGUCCUGAAAUAUUUUAACGUUUUUGCAUUGAUCUUUUUUUUGGACACGAAAUGUGUAGUUUUGUCAGUCAGGAUAUAAAAUACAAUGCAUCAUUGUUUGUGUAUCUGUGUAUGUGUGUUACUACACCUGACGCUGACAAAUAGCCAUUGUGUUAUGACAGAGCUGGCAGGGGUUCCCAUGGAAGUGUGUGUGCGUGUGUGUGUCUAUCUGUGUGUGUCUGCGUUCUUGUAAUCAGAUCCAUGAUGGAGGAGCUCGUCCAAAGGUGUGUCUCUCUUAAUACUGGCCAAACACAGCUUGUUGGCUGCCUGGCCAGUGUAACUCUGUUUCUGUGAGUGUGUGUGUGUGAGUUUGUUUUUCUGACGGUUCAGACAGGGAUAGUUUCACAUUUCAUUUCAUGAGGAGGCAGACUAAACAAUUAAAUAGCCCAUGGAUUAAUUGUCAAGCUUUUAAAUUGUGAAACGAGUAUAAACUGAAAAUUGACCUCUUCCAUUGAGAGUGUGAGGAAGACAGUGAGUGGAUGACUAGAUUAUUGGUUAGUGGGAGUCAGUUUUAAUGUUAAAAAGAUACACCCGAAGUGACGACCCCUCAGAGAAUCAUGAACCGACUAUAUGAUUUCCUUCUUCUCUCCAGAGCGUUUUAGCGUCUUUCAGUUCGUUGGUUUGGUUUUAUGGUCUGCAGCUUCACUGUUUGGAAAUGUUGUUUCCUGUUACCAAAUGUUGUCAGCUGCAUCAGGCAGCUGCUUUUGGUGAAAAAUAACUCAAACAACCCAACUGUAUGCUCUCUGCCCUCCAUCAGCAUGUUAAGGUAGCAACAUAAUUGAUGCUAGCAGCUAAAGAACCAAGUACUUUCCAUAGGAGUUAAUUUAAAGCAAUUGGUAUUACAUUCAUCAGGUGGACACAAACACGAUUCCAAGUUAUUACAGUGAUGCUCAAUGGCUACUAGGUGAAAGCAUAAGCUGCUGUUUGCUACCAUGUUCGCGCUAUUUUAUGUUUUAAAACCUCAUUAAUUGAUUUGUUUUUAGACAAUCGGGGGCAGCAGAACAAUCUAAAAAAGGGAAAGAAGACAUUGUCCUGCUUCCUCCUUCUUCUUCUUCUUCUUUGCAGGUAAACAGCAAAUGUAAUACAAUCAGACAGAACAACCCUCAGUCCAUUUAGACUCCUCGGUGUCACCUUUGACCUUUAGCUUUUGAAGAAGCAGAGGAGUCUCCAAACACACUUAAGUGACCUAAGCAGCAGCGAACAGAUCAAUAAGUUGACUCGGGGUGUGUCCAGCAUCUCCAGAACAAAGCAGGUUUCUCUCUCUGAAAGAGACAAACCCUCAAUUGGACAACAUGAAAGCUGCUCUCACAGAAUGACUCACUACACUAUACUAAGGGUUUAUGGUGCCUUAUAAUUGGCUCGUUAGCUGAGUGCGUCAUUAGCGCAAAUCACAAAAUGACUUUUAUAAGAAGCCGGCACUGUUUUGAAGGCUGUUUCGUCAUGAAAUAUCUAUCAUGGUGCAGUUAGUUGGUGAAGUAACUUAACUAAACACACACAAGGGUUAUACAUGGUAGUGAAAUGAAUGAGACAUUCUUUGCCCUUUCAGAUUAUGUGAAAUUUGAGCCCAUAGCGGCGUUGUUUCCAGUAAUCUCUAAUUUGUGACUCACACAUUCAAACGCUCACCCUGAAAAAUAUUGAUCUAAAGCUCUAAAGUACAUGUCAUGUUCAUUACUGAUAGACAUGGUAAAAACUGAUGCUCAUUGAACGAAACGCUGUGGUUUUCCUUAAUAGGUUCAGUCUUUACAACUGCCCCACCUUUUUCUUGUUUUUAAACUUCAGCAACUCAGUGUCGAGCAUGUUAACAUUUGUCUCCAGUUGUAGUCACUCAGCUCACUGCAGAGCUUACGCAACAACUUCUGACUUAAUUUGUGUAAAUAGCAUGAGAAACUCAAAUAUCAAACACAGAAAAAUAUGAUACACUUUUAUCAAUAAAGAUGAUUUCAAAGGUGCAUGUUGUUAUGUAUUUUGUGGCAACACAUAGGAUUGUCCGAUACGAACUGAGACAGAGAUUUAAAGGACUGUGAGUCAUGUUGCACAAUGGGUUUUGUAUAUUGUGCCGAGUUUGAAUCCCUCAACCUGGAAACCAUCACUGUGUUUGACAGUUUGAGUGGACGACACACUCGGAGACAAAAGCACAAUCAGACUUGUAAGGUAGAGCUCGCCAUCUCACUGUGACAACAAACAAUAAACAUAGUGUAAUAUUAGUGACAUUUAAUACGUUUAUUUGAAUGAGGUUGAUGUCACUUAUAUCUGUGUGUAAAAUAGUGAGCCAUCACGAGGAUUAAUUCAACUUAGCACAAAGACUUUGCUGGCACGAUCUGUCCAGUGAUAAUUGCUGAAGCUAUAUAUGGUGUUAGCAAGCUAGCUCAGUUAAGAUGACUCGAGCUGUGCAGACUGGAACCAAUGGCAGUGGAACGGGGCUCAGCAGCCUCAGCCUCCGUCUUUCACGUAACACCAGACCUGAGUUAGUUUUAGACUGCACAUUUUUACUUCGAUCACACAUAUUGCACCUGAAGCAUCCUUGAAUCUCCUCUAUCCGCUGGGUAAUUGUUUUUCUGUUGUCAGGUGGAAAACUACAGUGUUACAGGUGAUAAAUUAAAUAACAGCCACUCCCAGCCUACUGUAUGUCUUUCUCUCUGUUUGCUUGCUCUCUUGUUUCACUUCCAAACCACUUCAUUGACGUGUGUUUGCCCUUCUCCAUCCUCUCCCUGGCUGUCAUCCCCAUGUGCACGCUAUACAUUAACAAACCAAACUGACCCUCCCUCUCUCGGUCCGUGUGUGGUAGCCUCGAAGCUGACUGAGCAGGAAUGUGGUUCCGUGGGUUCCCAUGUAUCGUGUGAUGGAGUUGGAUGAGUUGCAAGCAAGAAGGCUCCCAAGCCAGUGACCGCAGUUCGAGACUGUGGUCCAACGUUUGCAAGCAUGAAACCGCUGGAUGAUUUCAAUGACUUCGGGACACCUCCAGCCAGAGCAUGGUGAAUCGCACACAAACACAGGUUUGGACUAUGGCUUCCACCACCUCGGGGGAUGUUCUGCCCACAGGCGGCAGGAUCUUCACCUCCAUUCCUGACGUGUUCUUCAUCCCUGAGUUUGUUUUCGGAGGUUUGGUGUGGAUCCUGGUGGCGUCGACCCGCAUAAUUCCAGACAACCCUCUGGGCUGGGUGAUGUUCGUGUCCGUGUUCUGCUUCGUGGUGACGACGCUCUGGUUCCUCCUCUUCCUCUGCGGAGCCAACGGGAGCAGCAUCUGGCCCUCCCUGGAUGCGGGUUAUCAUUUUGUGGCGGUGGUUUUCUACCUCAGUGCGUCGGUGGAUCUGGCCUAUAUCACUGUUUUGAAAGGGUUGAUUGUGCCGGGUGUCGGGGGGAUCGUGCAGCCUCUCACCGGUGACGCUCUCAAAGUCUACAGGCUGGACAUCGCUGCAGUGGUGAUGUCCUAUGUGGCCACUCUUCUCUACUUCCUCCACGCCAUUUUCUCCGCCAUCAGAUGGAAGAGGUCCUAAUGAUCUGAUCUGUCACUGGAGUAAACCGGGGAUGAUUUUUUUCCAUUGUUCCAUUCAUUUUCACCAGCCAAAGUGCCAAUACAUCAAAUGAUUGAAUGAGUGGAAAACAAACAGGUUAUCAAUAAAUGUCACUUAUAAAUUGGACUGAUUAGCUAGAUAUACCUGCACGUUAUUAACCCGUAAACUGACCCUAAAUUGUUCAGAUAGAUGUGAAUGAAAACUAAAAUGUGUUUGUCAGAAUAAACAUGGUGGAUGAGUGUAAAUAACUAAUUUAACCACAGAUCUGCUUAAAUAGUUAGCAGCAGGUUCUAAAUUACGAUAUCUGAAGAUGAAUUCAUAAUGAGGCUCAAUUGCAUAAAGUGUAAUUGCACUGAAUAUUUUCAAUGAGAGAGAUGCCUUAAAGGGUCAGUUCACACAAUACACAAAACAUCAUUUUCUCACCCAUUCGUCAAACACUUUUUUACAGUUUUCAUUGCAACUGUUUUUACAUCAGAAGAAGUUCCAGAACAAGUUAUUCAUAGAUAAUCUGUGAGCACCACAAAUUGAACUGAAUUCACCCUCAGCCAAAUCGCUCUUGUGGGAGGGAUAUCUCAAAAUAGGGGUAAGUGAAACCAACAGAGUCCUUGAGGUUUUUAUUUUUUUUUUAAAUUGAUGUUCGGCCAUGUGUUUAAAAUAAAUUCUGUGGUCUCCACAGCUUAAGAUAUUUACAUGUUUUGUUCCAGACAUAAAAUAUGGAGUGGCCCUUUAAUAGUGUCAUGAGAAGCCUUACGUAGCCAAACAUGGUGACAUGUUUUGAUUAAGCAUCUGACAGAGAACAAGAUAAAACCAUUUACUCGUUGGCAGCUGAAAUUCAGAAAACACUUGAGAGCGCAGAGAGUAAUUAAAGUGUCAUUGUUGACUUUGCUGUACAGGUGAAAUAACCAAUGACUCCAGAAUAUUUCACAUUCUUUAUGAAGCUGUUUUACAAAUUAAUUGCCAGAAGUUUGGUUCCAGCUUGUAAUAAACAUUUCUACAGUUCGGAGAUUUUACAGCAUUUCACUUAAAUUAUAAAACACAUUCCGUCGCAGAACUUUGUGUGAUUACAGUACAUUUAAGUCAGUAAUAAGUCCAAGGAUUUGCACCCUUCACAACCUGAAACACUGAAUAUCUAAAAAGGUUUGAUCAGCGAGAGGACUGUCCUUUGUUUCCUGCAUGUUUUCUCCAUGUUUACGAUGAACAUCAGAUAUGUAAAUAUGAAUUGAUCAAUGGCUCUCCCUUCUGAUCACCACAAUUUUUUUCUAUUCAUAUUUGAUAGCAUUAGUGUAUGCUUGUUUUCUCUUUUGAAACGCUUGGUCCGAUGUUCGGCAUGAAUGGCUGUUUUCACAUGACUUAUUGUUUGCAUUUUUACAAGAACUCUCAAAACAUUUGAUGAUGUAAAUAUUAAAAGGGA